AUGGAUCCUUCGGUAUAUGAGGCGGCAACAUCGGGCGAUGUGGAUUUAUUCAAAAAGAUUAUAGGUGGUUAUGAAUUACCAGAUGUUCUUUAUAAGAAAACACCCAAAGAAAGUAAUGUUCUUCACAUUGCAGCUGAAUUCAAGCAAAUAAAAUUCUUCAAUGACAUCCCACUUGAAUAUGGAUCUUCACUGUUUUGGGCGACCAACAAGAAGGGUGACACUCCACUGCACGUUGCUGCCAAAGUAGGAUGUGUUGAAGUAGUUGAGUUCCUCAUUGAACAUGCAAGGAAAAUGCAUCACAUGGAAAAAGCUGACGAGGAGAGCGGACCAGCUGAUGGUGAAUCUCAAAACAAGUUACUCCGAGUGAAAAACUCGGAUAACGACACAACGUUGCAUCUUGCUGUUAGAUACAAUCACGAUGAAGUUGUAAUUCGGUUAAUGGAAGCCGAUCCCCAAUUGUGUUGUUUCACUAAUAACGCAAAUGAGUCGCCCUUGUUCCUAGCUGUUAGAAAAGGCACUCCAAGCAUUGUUCAUUGUAUUCUGAAGGCGUACGAGUCUGGCGUUUCUCCUUCUUUUCAGGGAACAAACGGAUUGACAGCUUUGCAUGCCGCAGUGACUCAGAAACAACUCAAAGACAAAGGCUUUGUCGAGAUUCUGGUGUCCAAAAACAGUGACCUAAUCAAAGAAGUUGAUGAUAUUGGAUGGACUCCCUUGCACUACGCAGCAUUCACAGGGAACGUUGAAGCUACUCAACUACUGAUGAAAUCUGAUAGUUCUGCUUCUUAUAUCCUGGACUUAUCAGAAAUGUCAGCUCUCCAUGUUGCAGCCUAUGCAGGCCACACCAAAGUGAUGGAAGAGUUAAUUCGAUAUCAACCUGAUACUUGCGAUUUGCUUAAUUCAAAAGGCCAAACGGUUCUUCAUUCUGCAAUUUUAGGUGGACAAAAAGGGGUGGUUAAGUACAUAUUAAGGACGCCUAAACUUUUCACGGGACUUAUUAAUGAAGCUGAUGAAGACGGAAACACUCCUUUGCAUAUCGCUGUUAUUUACAAGAAAGUAGAAAUUAUCUUCAUUUUGACGGCCGACCAUAGAGUGGACAAGGCUGCUGUCAAUAAAAAGUUCUCAAAAGCCAUUGAUAUUUUCCAUGGUCAAAUUAGUAAAGAACAGUUGGAGUCCUGCGUGGGUGGUCCAUUUUUCCAACAAAAAAUCAGGGAUGAUUUCAACAAACCGGAAACUUCAGAGAAGGAUACGCCCGGCACAUCGGACAGUGAACACAAGAGGCAAAACCGGCGAUCUACUUCCAAUCUAGUGGUGACAACGCUUAUCGCAACCGUCACUUUUGCAGCUGCUGUAACCCCUCCCGGUGGAUUUAAAAGCGACGGGACAUCGGUUCUAUCUGAAAAUCGUUUUUUCAAACUAUUUCAGAUUUUCAACCAGAUAUCCUUCAUGCUCGCAAUUCUUGUGAUCUAUAUCUAA